AGGACGAGGGGAGUAAAAAAAAAAAAGGUACUCUUUCACGCUCUUUGAAACAGAGUACUUUGCGCCAUUUUUCCUCUUUCCUAUUUUAUUGUACAAAAAAGCAGCUUGAGAUCAGCCAUGAAGAUACCUCCAAACACUCCUCAAAGUUUGCCACGCGCCGCCGCUAACGCCCCCCCAUUAUCACCACUGGUAUUUUCUCCGGCCAAUGAAAAAGGUCAAGUUUCGGGUAGUGGGUCAAGAAAAAGACCUGCACCACACUCAUUUGACCCGACCCAUGUUCAUCAUCAAGGUUCUUCACACAAACACAGACAAUCUGGUAACGCCCCUGCUGUUGUUCAAGAUCGCGUGGCAUCAUUAAAACCAUCUAUCCAACAGUCUGAAGCAUCGACCAAAGCUAAAGGAUGUCGGACUAGUGCUGUGGCGGAAAGUCAGUUAGGCCAAACCAAUACUUCACCAGCUAUGCAGCUAGAGUCAAGAUUACUAAAAGAAGUGAAGGCAGAAAUUGAAGAUGUUGCACCUGAUAUUAUUCAAGGUGGUAUCGGUGAAGCUCUUCUUCCUCCUCCUCCUUGUACUACUGUCGUUCAAGGGAUAAAUCUAAGCAAGCAGCCAACUUGCAUCAUAGAUGUCAAUUUCCUUCAACGAGUGGCUGUUGCUUUUGAAGAAGUAAAAGCAAAUCAAGAAGAAAGCACAAAAAUGGCGAAACAAUCACUUACCAUGAAUCCGAGUCUUGAGCCAACUUUUCUAGCCAUCCGCAAAAAACACGGAGACAUUACAAAGGAUUGUCCUAUGGAGUCAGGCGACAUGCUUACCUCUGUUCUAGAAGUCAUAUGUAAGGCUGUCCAAGAACUCCAAAAGAAACGUUUGACUGAAGUUGAUCGUAAUCUCUUGAACUCCUAUUACUUAGUAGUCAAGGAUGCUGAGAAAAUGAAGGUGAAUGUCAACUGGUUAAGAAUUCGGCUUGAUGAGAUUAGAGAUGCAAUAAAUUGUAUUGUUGAGACAAAAAAGAUCAAUGAUGAGAUGAAUAGGCUUGCGGAACAGAAUGAAAAUGACAAGAAGAAUCUCGAAUCAAUGAAAGUUGAAUUGGAGAAACUCAAGUCUGAAAUUGGGAGAAGGGAAAGUAAGCUUAACAUGGAAACGCUGGUGACUGAAGAGCUGAGCAAUAUGAUUAAUAAACGGGCACUCAGAAUUCAGCAGUUCCAAAACAUGCCGUUGAUGGAAGCAUUUCCAUAGUUCUACUGUUUCGACAUCUUUUGUCUACCCUUAGUCCAUACUGAUGUUUUAGGAUCGAUUUCCUCUCUAGCUUAUUGUUACUUACCCACAGUGUCAUUUGAUCUGGCACAAGCUGAGGAUGAAUUUUACUCUUAGUUGCUGCCAUGGCGUAACUGGUAAAGUUGCUGUCAUGUGACCAGGAGGUCACGGGUUCGAGCAGUGAAAACAGCCUCUUGCAGAAAUGCAAGGUAAAGCUGCGUACAAUAGACCCUUGUGGUCCGGCCCUUCCCCGGACCCCGCGCAUAGCGGGAGCUUAAUGCACCGGGCUGCCCUUUUUUUUUUUUUUUUUUUUAUGGUUCAGAUACCUCAUCGGAUCUAACUCUCACAUCUCAGUAGUUGGUGGGAGCUUUUUUGUACCGGAUAUUAUAAAAUGUUCCAAGGGGGGAAUAUAAGCAUUUUUGCUGCCACAUGUUUGCAAAUUGGAAAUACC